AUGUCCUUAUUGCCGAAUGUUGAUCUGAGGGGAUCUUCUGGGUCAGGAAAUGGUAACGGCAAUAAUGUUGAAGAUGCAGAUGCUACAUUGAGAAGAAGGUCUAGCAAUACCAACAACCAUUCUGAUUUGAUGACUGUGGGCAGUUCUAACGGUAGUAACGGAAGCAGUGUUCGCCACAGACAUGGGAAAUCUUCGUCUUCAUUGGAUGUAACAGCACCAGUUAAUUUGAAAUCGACGCCUGCUGAUCCUCAUCUCUCUGAUGUUAACUCAGUAUCAAGCAAUACCAGUGUUAGUGACAAUACUACGGCUUUAGGUUCUGUAAACGACAUCAUUGAAAGGAAUACUGUCGAGAGAAAUCAUGAUAAAGAAGUGCAGGCACCAAAAAGUGGCGAUACAUCAGACAAGAAUGGUACAAGUAAUGCAGUUGCAAAUGGAAAUGGGAAUAGUAACACUAGGUUCUUGGAGAAUAUGAUAUCCAGUUUUUCCUUUAAAUCUACACCUCAAAAUCCACCUCCAUUGCAAACGCAGGUUAAUAAUAGCCAGCCUGAAGAAAUCUCGUCACCAAAUAUUAUCUCUCAUAGACGGCAAGUGUCGAGCCAAAAGAAGAAUGGAAAGAAGGCAACAAGUCCUGUAUUGGGACCCGGUUCUCCCACAUUUAGUCCAGCCAGUGAAGCAGAGAAACCGAAGGAAAUUCCGGGCAAGACUCAAUUGGAAGAAUUUCACAACUAUGAUGAUACAAAAUUUGUGGAUGAGACCUACUUGGACACGCCUUUCCACUAUGCUGUAAUGGAAAGAAAUGCGGAGUUCCACACACUUUUCAAAGAUGUCUCCAAGGAUGAUAGACUACUAGACGAUUUUAGUUGCGCAUUAAGCAGAGAAUUUCUCUACCAAGGUAGAAUGUACAUCUCUGAAAGCCACGUAUGCUUUUAUUCAAGUUUAUUGGGGUGGAUAGCCAAAGUUGUUAUCCCAUUUAAGGAUAUCACUUUCAUAGAAAAGACUUCAACGGCGGGAUUAUUCCAAAAUGCUGUUUCCAUUGAAACUGCAACGGGUAAAACCCAAUUUAACGGAUUCAUAUCUAGAGACAUUGCAUUUACGCUUUUAAAAGAAGUUUGGGCAAGAACUCUGUUGGCGGAAGGUGAAAAGCAAAGCGCACAGGAGAAGAGAAGAUCAGCAUCUUCGAGUUUCUCUCAGGAUCAGCAUUUCCCGCUAGACUCGAGGUCUUUCUCAGAGAGUAGAAGACCUAGUGGUCCACCAAGUAGAGCCUCUUACAUCAGCGAAAAUGAUGCACUAAUAGAGGAUGCUAUUAGAUCGGUUGACGACGUAACUCCAACCCAUAGUGAAGAGGAAGCCGACGGUGAAUUGCGUAAUGCAAGUGUAACACUUGAAGAAGAUGAAGAUGAUUCUGCAUUUGAAAAUGAGAGUGAGACGAAAUCGGCAACUGUGAGUAAUGGGAGCAAACUGUCGAAAACCGCUCGUUGUUAUAAAUUCAAACCAGAAAUACACUAUUCUUAUGACGGACCUUUACGUGGUACGCCUACAAAAUACAAGUACUCACCCGAGGAUAACAACGAAUUUGUGUUAGCAGAAGUUGAAUUAAAUGCGCCUCCCGGUAUUGUAUUCCAAUUGUUAUUUGGUAGUAAUCCAUCGUUUUGGAUAGAAUUUUUCAUUUCGCAAGAUUCUUCUAAAUUUACAGAUUUUGGUGAAUUUGAUAAAGUUGAUGAGGACGGGAAAAAAUACCGUGAAUUCAAUUAUGCUAAGGGACUACAUUUUCCGGUCGGUCCUAAAUCUACGAAGUGUGUGGUUUCUGAAAAAAUCUUAGACUGCGAUUAUUCAAGUUUCAUCCAUGUGUUAAAUACCACUAGGACUCCCGACGUACCAAGCGGUGGUAGUUUUUCCACGAAGACCAGAUACAUGUUUAAAUGGGCAUCAAAGACUACAUGCAUGUUGAAGGUCUCUUACUUUAUGGAUUGGACUGCAAGUAGUUGGAUCAAAUCUAUGGUAGAAUCAGGUGCAAGAAGUGGUCAAGUAUCUGCGACCAAAGAUUUAGUGAAAUUGAUUCAUCAAUACCUUGAUACUUAUGUUACAGAAGGUACAGUUAAUGUCUCUGCUUCCGCUAACAAAAUUAACAAGAAAUCCAUCAAACAACAGACUCCGGCUGCUGCAGUCGCGGCAGCAGCAUCAAAACCUUCACCCGAAGCUCGUGAGUUAAAGGAAGCAAUCAACAAGAAUACUUGCCAGUUGGAUACCUCUAGGCACUCCACGAAUCAAUUAUUAUUCAUAGUCAUUAUUUCACUUGUGCUUUUAAUCUACAAUGAAGUGAAAUUAAGAGGGGAAAUUAGGGAAUUAAAGACUUUAUUCGUUCAACCAUCUUUAGAUCAAAAUGUAUUGAAAGACACCAUUAAGAACCAGAUUUUGGCGGAAAUUAAACAAGAUGUAUCUAAUCUUUAA